AUGGCCUCGCCAAACCACAAAGCAGGUCUGGCAGUCGUGGUCCCUACUUCUGACAAUCGAAGCCCGACUCAAAGGAAAUCCAAACAGUAUGCGUUGAACGUGCCCCGAAAUGGCGUGUCACAAUUCAACGGAAAUACUCCUCCCCGACCAAUGAACGUCAGCAUUACUCCUCGACAGCCAAAUGCUGUACCUCCUGUCAGACAACCAAAUGGAGCUUCUUUUCGGUUGCAAUCAACCGGAGUGGCACCCUUUCAGCCAUUCAACGGAAUGCCUCCCACUCGGCCAAGGCUUUUGAACGUUGAUGAAGCUUUGCAGUUCUCUCCCUUCUCUUCUAUCGUUCCAUUUGGUCCUGAUAUUAUACCAACACCAAACGCCAACCUUCCUGGCUCUCAACCAAUCUUUUCUACCUCAAACGAGCAUCGCAUAUCCCGUCAGCCACUUGAUUAUUUGGGUGAAGAGCUUUUUAGAAGUCAGGGACAGUCUAGCAUUGUUCAGCGUUCGAAACAUGACCUCAUGGCUUACCUCAAUCCGAAUGUCAUUACUGACUUUAAAUUCAAAGUUCCUGCGGGACUCCAUGGCAACCAGGAGCGCCCUCAAGCUACGUCCAAUGGUAACGGCCAUAAGCAGGCUUCAAGUAGUUUGGGUCCAUUUGCAGAUUUGUUACUCCAUGCAACAGACCUUGCUCAUCGUUACCCAACUCCAACAAGCCCGGAAGAUACUUCUCCUGCACCAAAGACAAGCCCUCAGCCUCCGCAUUCAUCUGCCUCGCUUAACGCCAAAACAGUAGCAGAUCGUCAGCAGCCUCACCGACCGCACUCAGUCUCAAAGCGAAAGCUUCAGACACUGCAACAGCAGUCGCCAAUCACGCCUACAAGCGAAAGGUUUACCAGUAACGAGGCGGCCUUCUCAAAGAAUGCUCAAAUUUCCGCUAACGGCGUAUACGGACCUAUAUCAGCGAAGCCACCGCAAUUUCCUUUGGUCGUAAUCCCUCCCUCGUCAGUCGAGUCUCGGAAAAGCGACUUUGUCACCUAUGAAGAGCCUACAGGAAGAGACAAUAACGAAGUUUCUCGAAAACGCAAACGUGAUGCCGAGGCUCAAACAAUUGAUACACUAUCGCAGACAAAGGAUCAGAGAGCGGCAUCGGACGAGACGCUCCGUCAAUUGAAAGGAGUGAUUCAGGAUAUUUUCGAGGCUGAUGACCAAUCGCAACUCGACGGUCCGGGAGUUACCCAUUCCGUGCACGCUCAAUACUUCGUCCCAGUUUAUCGCGAAGAGCAAGAAUUAAAUACCUUGGCCCCAGCUGUCCACGUUAAAUUAGAGUCAAGUUUGCACAAGGCGACUACCGCCGGCAGGUUAGUCGAAAUACCCGCGGACCAUUUGCAGCGCCUGCAAGGACUAUGUGAGGGCGCGUUGACUGCUGCUAAGUCAUCAGAUCUACCCAUUGAUCUCGAAUGGAACGCAGACGACUUCGCCGCUUGGGUCUCAAAGCUUGAUACAGUGGACCUGGGUCUUCGCUCUGCUCGGACGAUCCUAAGGAUGAUGACAGGCGGACGUGAGGAAAAGCAAAUCUAUUCAGAAGAGCUGCUGCAAAACGUGAUAGAUGUGGUCAAAAAGACCCUGGACCACUGCAUCAUCCCUGUUGUCGAAGCCCGAAGCUCUAGUCCCAGUACGGCCUUUUUCGAGGCAGCUUCCUCACAUAAAAAGAUCAUCUCGCAGUUGUUGUUCGAUGUUAGUAGGGUCAUGGCUUUGUUAGCCAAGCUGUUGUCCAGGGUGGAAAUCGCAGAGAUCAUCAUCACUGGCAUAGAAUUCUUUGCCUUUCCCCUACUCUUUGCGGAAAAUGCGCAUAGCGAGAAAGAGUCUAUUCUCGGCAUCCAGAAGUUUGAGAGCCUUCGCCAUACGGCAAUGGACAUGAUCGCCACGAUUUUUUCAAGAUACCCAGGGCAGCGUCUAUUCCUCUUUGAUGAGAUUCUGUCUUCCUUGCAGAAGCUUCCCGUAACUCGACAGCACGCACGCCAUUUCAAGCUGGCAGAUGGGCCGAGUAUUCAGCUCGUCUCCGCGCUGAUUAUGCGACUAAUACAGACAAGUGCGACGCGUUUGGGAAGAGUCAUCGAGAAGGCCCCAAAGCGUAGAUUGCUUUCAUCUGAAGUCGAGCAAGGAAGCGGAUUUGAGUCGUCUCAAGAGGAGCAUUCAAAAGCCGCGGACAACGUAGAGGAGAGUGUGGAGUCGGGUACAUCUGAAAAUGACGAACACUCAAGCCAUAAUUUCGCCAUCCAGAGGCUGGGGAAGGAGGCUACCUCACGUUUGGACAAUGCCGCUAAGAGCGCACAGUACGUGAUUAAGUACCUCGUGCAACGUGCGAUGACGGCUUCCAAGACGGGAGAUCAGCCGCAUCGGCAGCUCCUGGAAUUGUUUCUCGAGGACUUCAUCACGGUCCUCGGCCUCCCGGAAUGGCCAGCAGCGGAACUUCUUUUGCAGAUCUUGUUCGCCAACUGCCGAAAUAUUGCAGAAAAUCAAAAAUCUCUGGCCCCUGCAAAGAACAUGGCUUUGGAACUCCUAGGACAGAUGGGCUCAGCCAUAUCCGAAUUGGUGUCGGAUACUCGCCAUGCUGCAAGGGGCUUGGAGGGCCAUGAGUCCCAAUACAGCGGGUACCUUCGUCAGAUGUUGGACGAUUACAUGGAUGGAUCGCUGGAGACCAGUGAGGUUGUGAUAUGGGACGGACCUUAUCAUGCAGUUGCGGAGUAUCUUCAAAACAAGGACUCCGAUGAUCCACAGAUUGUUAGCGCCCAGGCUUACUAUUUGGCACGAUGGGCGAAGGUUGUUUCGUCAGGAGCAGUGAAGGUAGAUUUCAAGAGCGAAGCACUGGCUUCAAAGAUGCGUGAAAUGCUACUUGGAGCAGGCUGGCCUGUAUCUGGAGACCUGGAUGGUUUGACGAGUAUCCAAAUUCGUAUCGCCUACGCGCUAACUGUACUAAGCAUGGACUUUUGCCGUCAAUUUGAUUACAUCCUCAAGAUUUUGCUUGAUUCGGUCACCAGCGAGCAGAUCACAGUGCGUACUAGGAGCCUAAAAAGUGUUACCCAGAUGCUGGAAAAAGAUCCAUCACUACUCGAUCGCGCGAGGAGUGUCAAGACACUUAUAACGAACUGCGCAACUGACGCUUCUCCCAUGGUCCGCGACUCGGCUUUGACACUAAUCGGCAAAUGCAUUAUCCUAAGGCCCGCACUUGAACAGGAUUUCCUCAGACACGUGCUAAAGCUGAGCGACGAUCCAGCGACGGGAGUGCGGAAACGCUCGAUGAAAUUGCUGAAGGACAUAUAUCUCCGAAACACCGAAAAGAACGUCAAGACAGUUAUUGGCGACAGUCUACUGCAGCGGGUCAAGGACUCCGACACUGGGGUCUCAGAUCUCGCACGCCAGACAUUCGAGGAGAUCUGGUUCUUGCCAUACAAUUCUUUUCCAGAUCUCGCAGAUGCGUCGGUCCCGAACAAGCUUGCUCUCCGGGCUCAGGUGGGCCUCAUCAUCAGUACGGUACAACGAGGGGAAAGGGUGUCCUCUGUAUUGGUCCAUCUGCUGCAAGAUAUCCUGUCCAAUAAAUCCAAAAGCGUUGCGGCAAGUUUCAGAGUCUGCAAAUCGCUUGUUGCUACUGCUUUCGAAAUUAUGAUCGAUCAUACUCAGGAAGCGGAGGGCCUGGAGCAGCGCCACAUUCUUCAAACCUUGACAGUUUUUGCCAGAGCCAAUGCGCGGCUGUUUACCCCCGAUCAAUUGCACAACCUGCAACCCUAUAUUACGAAUCUUUCAGGCAAAGACGAUCUCGACUUGUUUAGGUCGAUCGUCAUCAUUUUCCGCUGUGUAUUGCCGGUGCUGUCUACUAUUCAGCAGACCCUGCUCCAGAGUAUCCAAAAGGCGCUGCUUCAAAGCGUAUCGCGACUUGGUAAGGGAGAGUUGAACGAAGUAGCUGAAUGUCUAUGGACUAUCAAUGGCACGCUGCAAAACCCCGAGAUACUGAUCAAAAUGAUUGCAACUGUACUGACGCAUUUACGGCGUCUGGAGAGAGGGGCUAUCAAGUUUGCCGAUCCUGAGCAAAAGGAAAAUCUAGGACGCGUCAGGAAAUACAUACGGAUCGCCGGAUGUUUCGGUAAACACUGCGACUUCGAAAGUCACGAUAAGGCUUUUCAGAGUAGCUUAGAUUGGUGGAAAGGUGGAUCAGUAGCUGGACUGAUUGUUCAGUCUGUCAAUCCAUUCACGAGCUUCAAUCAACCGCUCCCACUCAGAGCCGAGGCAUUCGACAGUAUCGGUCUCGUCUGCCAAUCGUGGCCAUAUCAAUUCGCCCAAGAGCACAUCAGUAACGCGUUUCAGGAUGUUCUUCGAAAGGGCGAACCAGAGCUGCAGAUCAUUGUACUUUCAAGUUUUCGAGAUUUCUUUGCCAGAAUAGACCGUCAAGCCGAAGGCAAAGGUGAAGAAGCCUUGGCCGGACCCGAGCUUCCUGCUGGAGGGAAGCUGGGAAGAUCCAUGACCGCAAAUGAUGGCGAUGGCGCUUCGGCCUUGAUCGCCCAGCGCUUCCUAAAGGACAUCUUGAACAUAGCGUUGGCCAGCCAAGAAAACUCUGCACUGACCGCAACUGAAGUCAUCGCUAGUAUCAAUCGGCAAGGUUUAGUACACCCCAAAGAAUCGGGUCCUGCCUUAGUUGCCUUAGAAACUUCAACUAACCCAGCCAUUGCCGAUGUGGCUUUCCAAGAACACCGCCUCUUGCAUCAACAACAUGAGAGUAUGUUCGAGCGAGAGUAUAUGAGAGCUAUCCAGGAAGCCUUCAGAUACCAAAAGGACAUUGUAAGAGAUCCUCUUGGAUACACGACACAGCCAUAUGCUUCUAAGUUAUGUGGUAUGUUCGAUAUCAUAAAGACGAGCAAAGGCAAGUACCAGAAGAAGUUUCUUUCGAAUCUAUGCUCUAAAAUCGACUUCGACGUCUUGAAGACCGAUCUCUCAGAUGUCCUGCAAUUCUCCCGAUUCCUGACAGAGAAUCUCGCCUUUUUCGAUUACGGCCGGCUAGACGAGCUACUUCAUACGAUAUCUUGUAUGGAGAAAGUCGUCGCGGAUACUGGAUCAGGCGUCGCUCAUAGUAUCAGCACCGAGAUCUUCCACAUCACCGUGGAGUCGAUGCCCGACGCGGCCCCAGGAAAUGCGCCUCAGAAUCAAGACCCAAAUGAUGGGACUGGCGUGACCGUUGAUCCUUCAAGGCUACGUCAACUGAGUAUCGCCUCGGUCAUUCUGUCUUCACUCUGGGAAGCGAGAACCUAUCUGCGCCGUCUCUACGGUCUCAGCGCAAGCCAGCAGAAGCGGGAGAGCAAGAAGAGUGCAGCGAAAGAUCUCAGCAAAGCCCCAAGUCGCAUACAAGGCCUAACGGGCGACAAAGUGGUGGCAGCAAUAGCCGAAAAGGUUUCCUCGCUAGGUAGCGAAGAAUCAAUGAUGCACCAAUGCAAGGAAUUUGUUGAGUUGCUCUCGGUCGACAAUGAGAUCAAGGUUGCCGCCGAAGGAGAGGAAGACUUGGAACGUCCGGAGACGCCUAGUGGGGAUGAGGAGCGUGACACACCAAUGAGUGGUGGAUCAAGGACAUUGAAGAGGAAGGUCUCUGUAUCCAUUGCCGGGACACCGAUGAAGAAGAAAAGAGGAAGACCAUCGCUCAAGAGGAAGAAGAGCGGCAAGAGCGUUGAUUCCGAAGAGGAUUGGGAUUAA